GCAACCCGGACCGUGCGGUCUCGCGUUCGAUGGCAGAGACAUCGGCGCGCCCGAGCUAAACUAAAGAUGUUCGUCGAGUUUGGUUCUAUUAUCUAUUUAAAAUUUGUCUAGGCACUCGACGGCGCGUCGUAACGCCAAACGAUCCUGUGAGUGAGCAAAGCCCACAGCGUUCAGAGGUUGCGAUUCUCGCACCGGUUCUGCUAGCCGGCUGUGGGAAUGGAUUUUGAAAGUCCUGACGUCGAGAAAGACUUCCCAGGGCUUUACGCGUCCGAGGCGGUUGGGAAAGGACAGGAGCGAGAUGUCACCUAUAGCGAUGAUGAAAAGGUCUCGAAGAAGGAACUCCUGAUUGGCAAGCUCAAGGAUAAAAAGGACAAGAAGGACAAGGGAUAUGUUGCAUUUGAAGGAGAAAGCUCAGAAGGAGAAAUGGAUGAGUCACGAGGCAAAAGCAAAAAGAGUAAGGCUCCAUUCAAGUUUCCCGGAAAGGAAAAAAAGGAGAAAUCUCAAAAAAACAAAGAAAGCAUCAAGUCGAAAGACUCCAAGGACGCCAAGAAAGAUGCCGAGAAAGACAACAAGGAUUCAAAAAAGAAGAAGGAGUGCAAGGUGAAGCUUGUCAAGAAAAAAAAGAAGGCUGAAAAGGCUGAGGAUCCUAUUUUUGGCGUUCCCUUACUGACUGCGCUUGAAAAGAACCCGUCUGAUGACGGCAUUGAGUUGCCUGCUAUUGUGCGGGAGUGCCUUGACUACAUUGAAGAACAUGGUAUGACCUGUGAGGGCAUCUACAGGAUGUCUGGUGUGAAGUCGACUGUGCAACAGCUUCGGGCGGCCUACAACCGGCACGAGCAGGUCUGCCUGAGUGAGCAUGGGCCUCAAGUGGUGGCCAGCCUGCUGAAGCAGUUCCUCCGUGAGCUGCCAGACCCAGUGCUAACCAGUGAGCUGGGCCCAAAGUUUGAGGAAGCUGCUGCCAUCAAAGAUGAGACGAGACGAGUGGAAACCAUUCAGAAGUUGAUUGAGCAGCUGCCCACACCUAACCGGCUCCUGCUGUCAUGGGUGUUUGUGCACAUGACCAAUCUUAUCCGCAUGGAGAAGCACAACAAGAUGAACCUGCAGAAUGUCUCCGUUGUGCUGAGCCCGAGCAUGCAGAUCAGCCACAGGGUUCUCCAUGCUUUGUUCUCACAUGCACCGAUUUUCUUCAAGGAUGUGAAAAUCAUCAAAUAUGUGAAGAAGAUCCGACCUGACUCGUCGCGUCAGUCUUUGGACCUGCCUGAGACACCAGCAGCCAUAGAGGAGGAGCUGAGCCAGCAGGAGCAAGUGCUGAGCGAAAUCCAUGCCGAGCUCAACGCGGGCCUCCGGGAUCCACAGAAGGAAGAGCAGCUUUGGGAGGUGCAGCGCGUCGUGACGCAGCUCAAGCGUAAGUUGCGCGUCUUGCGACAAGUGAAGAAAGUUCCCGUGGAAGCCACGCGAACAGACUCCAUUGAGAAAAUCGACACGCGACUUCGACUACCAGCGGCCGCAGAACCAACUCCACCGCAGCCGCCACCCGAAGCCGUGGUGACACCGGUUGUCGCUCCUCCUCCUCCUGCCGAACCAGCCCCUGCCAAGGAUCCUUCAAGUGAACAGCUAAAAGCCACAACGGCCAAGUCUGCCCCCAGUAGCCAAGUCCAAGCCGAAGUACCGGCUGCUUCCGAAAUGGAGAGAGUUGUGCCAACGAUUUCACAUCAGCCCAUCCCAAAGGUGGCACCAAUGGUGAUGACAGCUCCUUUGCAAGAAGCAGUCGUGGUUCAUCAGGAGGAUGUCGUCGGCAGUGGAGAGAUGCAUGCUACUGGUGAUCUCAAGGAAGAGGGAUUUGAGAAGCCCGCGACUGAAGAGGCCACAUUGGAAGCCUCGGCCGAGCUGCUGGCAGCUCUGCGCCCCAAGCUUCCCGAGGAAGAGACGGACCCCGAAAUGCAGCAGCUUCGGCGCGAGGAGCUGGAGCUGCUGGUGCAUCAGGAGGAGCUGCUCUCUCUGGGUGACGAGCUGCGCCGCAAGAUUGCUGCAGAGCGCACCGAGGCUGAGCGCCUUCGCAGCGAGAUCGACGAGUACGAGAAGCUGGCCAAGUACAAGCAGUACUCUGUUGAGUCAGCCGAUGGCAGCAGCUCUGGAACAGAAGGAAGUGAGAGUGAUGGUGAAGAAGAACUUAAACAAGAACUCAGUCAGCUUAUGGAAGAAAACAAGCAUCUCUCGGAACAAGCAAUGGACCUGAGCCAGAAGAUCCUGAAAGAACGGGAGGCUUGCGUUGAAAUCAAAGUCAAGAUGCGUUUGCUCCAAAACGAAGCCAAGAUGCUGAAAGUCUGACCAGGCUGAUCAAUCUCUCUUCAUAGGGUGAAACACUGAACACGGGAUAGCCAUGCUGAUUCCUGUUGUCGGAAGCAUUCGUACUACUGCCAAACUUCUCGCAAAAAUUAAUUCCACUAAUUUCUCACACCUUGACUUCUCUCUCUCUCAUUUUCAUGCUUACGUUGCAGCCUGUUUCGCUGUCUUCUCUGUGUGCCGUGUCAUUUAUUCUUGGCUUGCAUGCGUGGUCAGCACUCGUGCAAAAAUGAAUGAGAAAAAGGUUUUGUUGAUCCAUGUAAAUUUUAAUGCUACUGUAUUAACAGAAUACUAUGACGAAGCUGCAAGACAGCAGCACUGGCAGUAAUGUCUUGCUAUGCUGUGCUCAAUCAUACUGCAUGUAUUUUGUGGCUGUGUGCUUUUGACUGCUGUCAUAAAUGCUUUGGCAGUGACAAAAACGUCCCAUUGCUUUACCUAUCCCCGCCAGGAUAAGAAUGAAAGACAAGAACUACAUUCUGGUUUGAACUCAGGGCCACCAGACAUCGCCACUAGCACUGCUUUUCGCACUUCUGGUAUGUAGCUAAAAUGGGAACGCUAAAAUGUAUGUGGUGCUGACUAAAGUUCUUCAGUGACUUUUCUAAACAGCUGGAGACAGUAUUGCUGCAAAGAAAAAGAAAGCCAAUUGGCAUCUGUGAUGUUGCAAGCUCAAUGCGUAUCAAGAUAUAUUGGUAGGUUACUGUAGUUAUUGUGUGCCUUGCAUUCUCAUUUGCACACCAAGUAGUUGACAUUCUGGCUCUGCAUGGCAAGCACGCUUGUGAUCUCAAGCUAGUAAGUUUGGCCUAAUGUCUUUACACAUUUUGAACAUGUGCUUUGUUCAAUAUUGCCUAAUUAAUGAACACUGUCAUGAUAGGAACAGAAACGGGACAAGUUCUCAUUGUUUGGUGGCUCAUUGCUCAGAAGCAUGUAUCAAACGAAGUGAUAAAUUGGGCUUCGCUAGUGAAAAUGACCGCACUUUUUGUGCUGUAUGUUUGGACAACAUAAUUUGUUGUGAGGAUUUUUUGUGUGAUGUAACACCUGCUUCUCAAGUGAAGAGGAGAUGCCGAUAAUAACUGAGUGCUUUCUUUUCUCUUAAAAGCACAAGUUUUGCAAUGCUUUUCUAUUUCAUUCGUAUCAGAUUGUUAUCUUUACUGUAUAGCAGUGUUCUAAAAAAAUCAAGAUCAAACUGAGAAGCAAAGCCAAGGAAACAAUAUAACUGCUUUACCAACAAGCAGCAGUAGCUGUACUACUGCCCAGAAUAUGUCCACUGUGUAUCAUAUUUGCUUUAACCAUUCACAUAUUUUGUUUUGGAGUGUUUGCUAGCAGCAAGCCUUUUGAGACUUUGGGCUCUAUUGUGCACGGCUUUGUUCCCGUCCCAUGAAAGCUAUGUGACAUGACGCAAGAUAGCCUCUUUCCACAUUCUACAAGGAGUUUCUUGCCAUUAGAUUGGACCUGAAACAUGCGUGAGCACUAGUCUAGCACAGAUGCCAGCAAUGCCAUGCUGCUGACUUGGUCAUUAACAGCACCUGUUAGCAGCAAACACAACUAGUACUCACUUAGCUAGUUGCAAUUGAAGCGUUGUAGAUGCAUAAUUUGGACUUACUAUCAGCAGGUGCUGCAUGCUGUGCUGUAGGUAUGAGGCAAUACAGUUGAACACCUUUAUAACGAAGUGCUUGGGGCCUCCGAAGUCAUUAGUUAUACAGGUCACUUGGUUGUAAAAGUAGCACACCACACAGCUAACAAUAGAACCGGGCAGAAUUGUUCCUGCUUUAUACAGGUGGUUUCGUUGUAGAGGCAUUCAUUGUAGAGGUGCUUGACUGUAUAUAGCACAUGUUUCCUCCACUUAUAAAAAAUAGGAAAUUGGAGAUAAACUAAUUUGGACAUCAUAAUUUGUGAUAAUCCAAAUGAUGAUUAACUAAUUGAUGUUUGAAAUAUUUUAAAGCACUUGUUCAAAUGGCAAAAUUGGAGCCAGCAAGGCAUGUCCACGUGGUAGGAAUCAUUAGAAAUGCAAACUUUUUAGGUUUGUGUUAAUUUUGAAAACCCGCCACAAAAUGUACGUUCUGCACAGUUACCUAUGUCCUGCAGUGCUUAAGGAAUGCUUUCUGGGAAAAUGAUGAGUGGCAUUCCACUGCAAAUGUGGUGACGGAGGCCUUGGGACCAUUGCUAAAGUUUGGAUUUCUACUUGGAAGACAUACCACCAGCAGUGGCUGCCUUGAAUUCCAUAGUUGGAAUAUGUGCAGUAAAGUUAGUUAUUCAAAAUGCCAACUAGCCAAGGUUACUUACAGAACCCAUAGGUGAUUUUCGUGCAUGUUUUGAUCUCCACUACUGUUGUGAAUCUCGGCCAGCGAAAGUUGCCAUUUCGUCACAAACACAAUUUUUUUUUUUAAAUAAUGGGAAACUGUUUCCCCUGAAAUGCACCAUAUGCUUUAUAGUGCUGGCAUCUGCUCAAGCGAGUUCUUGGGGUCAAGCCUGAUUGCUGCAGUAUGCCAGAUCUCUCCCAAAAUGGGGGAGCAUUAGGAAAUAAGUCUUGUUGCAGCUUAGUUGGCAUGCAGAAAUCCGAAAGGGUGCAUGCCACAUUAUUUAGACUGCUAUAGUGGCUAGUAAAUGUUUAUUAAGGCUUCCAUGCUUGUCACUGCAGGCAGCUUGAAGUACAAGCAAAUGCUGGUCUCAAAUGUAAACUAUGCUUCAUAAAUAAGUGCAUGCCAAUUCAAGUCGCGUGCACCAGCUUGUUCUAUUUCACUCAUUUCUGGCCAUGUACAAGGCUCCAGUAAUCCUGGAAGCCUGUUGUGAUUGCAUUUAUUUAUUUAUUACUUUUAGAGGAGUUACAGUAGUGUGGCGAGACCAUAGUGAUUGGGCCAUACUCAUUUUCUUUUUUGCUUGUGGCUUCAACAAAGGCUUUCAACUUACCUUGUUUUGUGUUUUUAGGCCUCUGUGUACAAGUUGGUAGCAAGAUUCAUUCUUCUUCCAAGCAUGGUUUGUUGAGUGUCGAUAUAGUUUAUGAUGGACAGCAUGUUAAUAAAUAUGUGUUUGUAAAUA